AUGCAUGCGGCGGAGGAUUCGAGCAAAGAUCCGCCACUUGGAUCCACGUUUUCCUCGGCCCCCGAUUUGGACUCUGAUAUUAACGCCAAUGCAUUCAGGCUCAUUGAAAACGGGGCGGAUGACAAUGUUAACAUCCAGAACACAGCCCUGCGAGGAGCCAGCGACCCCAGCGCAUAUCCCCCCUCAGACUACCGCGGGCUGGUACGCCAGAGGUUCAUUCGGCGGAGUUUGUGGGUUUCGGAAUCCGAGGACCAGACGCUGGACACGGCCGAUUGUGUCAGCAGCGCACCGGUGCCCAACAUCGACCUACGCUCCAUCGUCGGCCGGACUCGGAGCCGAAAUUUGCACUCCGCGCGUCAGGACCAGCAGGAGAAGUCGAGACCGGAUAGUCAGGUGGAAGUGAACGAAGACAUCGGGAUCGCGGGAACCUUCGAGGAGAAAUGUGACACGUGCCGAAGCGAGGUCAAGGAAGAGGGCUUGUCCUGUGACGUUACAGGUAAAGCAGGAAGUGAUGAGAACGAAGAGGAGCCAGGGAUGAAGGCCGUGUCCACCUCACCUGGGGGACGCUUUCUCAAAUUCGACAUUGAGUUGGGGAGGGGCUCCUUUAAGACGGUCUACAAAGGACUGGACACGGAUACUUGGGUCGAAGUAGCAUGGUGCGAACUCCAGGAGAGGAAACUGUCCAAAGUGGAGAGACAAAGGUUCAAAGAGGAGGCAGAGAUGUUGAAGGCUCUUCAGCAUCCCAACAUUGUAAGAUUUUACGACUUUUGGGAGUCGCCAUUAAAAGGAAAGAAGUGCAUAGUUCUGGUGACAGAGCUGAUGACCUCAGGGACACUGAAAACGUAUUUGAAGCGCUUUAAGGUGAUGAAGCCCAAAGUUCUUCGGAGCUGGUGCAGACAGAUCCUGAAGGGCCUCCACUUUCUCCAUACCAGGACACCUCCAAUCAUCCACAGAGACCUCAAGUGUGAUAAUAUCUUUAUCACUGGCCCAACGGGAUCAGUCAAGAUUGGUGAUCUGGGCUUGGCAACUCUGAAGAGGGCUUCCUUUGCUAAAAGUGUUAUUGGUACACCAGAGUUUAUGGCCCCAGAGAUGUAUGAGGAGCACUAUGACGAGGCUGUGGAUGUCUACGCCUUUGGCAUGUGCAUGCUGGAGAUGGCCACAUCAGAAUAUCCUUACUCAGAGUGUCAAAACGCAGCACAAAUCUACCGCAAAGUCACCAGUGGGGUAAAACCUGCUAGCUACAGCAAAGUAAGUGAUCCAGAAAUUAAGGAGAUAAUUGGAGAGUGCAUUUGUCACAGAUGGGAGGAGAGGUACUCCAUCAAGGAGCUUCUGAAUCACGCCUUCUUUGCAGAGGAUACAGGUGUUAGAGUGGAGCUCAAUGAAGAAGAUGAUGGGAAAAAAUCCUCCAUCGCUUUGAAGCUGUGGAUCGAGGAUCCUAAAAAGCUUAAGGGAAAGUACAAGGAUUCCGGUGCCAUUGAGUUCACUUUUAACUUGGUGAAUGAAGAUCCCGAAGUUGUCGCACAAGAAAUGGUGGAGUCUGGCUUUUUUCUGGACUGUGAUGUGAAGGUUGUAGGGAAGUCAAUCCGGGACCGUGUGGCUCUGAUCAAAUGGAGAAGGGAGCGCACUGUCCCAUCGGGAAAUGGCGAAGUCUCUGUGAAGAAGACACAGCAGAACCUCCUGCAGGUGCCCGGACAACAAGGGACCACGUUCACCACAACCGAGUUCGACGAUCAAGACGUGGAACAGCAGACCUUGAUUUGUACAGUCCCGGUGACGACUUCGACCACAUCAGACAUUUGUGUGAGCUCUGCCAUACAACUGGACAAUCUCUGCAAACAGCAAAAUGGCUCCUACCAGUCACUGCCUGAGACCAUUUGCACAGCUCAGUCAGUCAGCAGUCCCCCUGCACAGCUUGAACCUCCAGUACAGCAGGGGCCAUAUCCUCUCACCACAGCACAGGCCUCACAUGACCAUUACAUACAAGAAUCCACACAGUUACAUCAAGGAGCCUACCAGCAAACCAUAAGUCAGAUAGAUGCCGUGACCUAUCAACCACCUGCUGCAAAGUUGCACCUGGGGCCAGAUGAGGCUCAAACAACAGUUUCUGCUCCAUCAACACCAGCCCCUCCAAUGCACCAGAGUAGACAGACAGCACAGAGCUUCCCAGCAGCAACGGCCACUGUGCAGACACAGUUUACUGCUCAAUAUGGUCACGACCAGCAAAUAUCUGCUGACAAUACUACUGCUCACCUGAGCCCUCCUGACAUAUCGGCAAGUUUUCCGCAGUCUGCCACCAGUGCUACCCCUCCUCUACUGCCCCUGCACAUUAGCACACAGUUUCCCUCACCAUAUUGUGUUCAUGCAGGGGGCACCAAGCCCCCUCCCUUCUCCCCGGUUCCCUUAGCGAGCCCUUCCUACCCACCUUCACCCCACUCCACCCGCAUUCUCCAAAACCCACAUUCAGCUUCUGGCACCCUUCAGUCCACAACUCAGCAGUUGCCCUUUGUAGCACUCCCUAGCACAAUCUUUACCAUAAACAUGUCCCUUGCAGUGCCCCUUCAUCACAGUGACCCAGUUACAUCCUAUCCAAACAUUGGUGGCUUCCAUUACACCCCUUCCUUACCUCUUUCCCAGGUACAACCCACCCCAUAUCCUGUCCCAAACCCUGAGCAAGAACUGGCUGAACAGGUCCAGACCAACACUCCACAGGGAAAUUUAGAAGACGUUCAACUUUUGGCCCCAGUUCAACCUGUCCCAACUACUAUUCAGAUACCUCUCUGGGGAAACGGAACAGAUAUAGAAACAGCUGUAGUCAGCACAGACUUAAAUGUAGCCUCUGCAUUUCAGACUUCAGCACCAAUCUCUGCUGCAACGGAUGUCGAAACUCAAAUCCCAGCACAAACUGCAGAUUCAAUCCAACCAAAAAGUCAAGCAGCAGGCCAACUAGCUCAGUCUUCAGCUUUAGCCCCAGUUUAUGCAACAAUUUCCGUAACAGGUUCAACACAAGUCUCCUCUACAAGCUUACCUGAUUCCUCAGCAUUGCAACAAACCCAGAUCUCUGUACCAGGAUUGGUCUCUGUACCAAGCUCUAUCCCUCUACCAGAUCAGCCUUCUGUUGCUCCCAUUUCUGUCCCAGUUCCAGCGCUGCAGCCCACUGGCGUCCAGACAGCAGUCUCAAUGGCAUCUGAAUGUGUUAGCCAGCCUGCAGCUUGUCAUAAAAAAGAAACAGCAUCAGGUUCUUGCAAUUUACAGCAGGAUCCCUGCACAGAGGAAGUGUUUCAAGAAAAAACCGCUGUGCCCAACUACACCUAUGACAGUCCAUACUCAGAUGUCGCAUCUGGUAAGGAAACAAGUGAUGGAUAUGACAGCUUGGCCAGUGGAGGUAAGGGAGAAGGAAAACACAAGAAACAUCAUCGAAAAUCGACACGCACACGAUCUAGGCAAGAAAAGACGAGCAAGCCCAAAUUGAGCAUGCUCAAUGUUUGUAACACCGGUGACAAGAUGGUUGAAUGUCAACUGGAGACUCACAAUCACAAAAUGGUGACUUUUAAAUUUGAUCUCGAUGGUGAUGCUCCAGAGGAAAUUGCCACUUAUAUGGUGGAGAAUGGAUUUAUCCUACUUUUAGAAAAAGAGAUCUUCAUCGACCAGUUAAAGGACAUCGUGGAUAAAGCUGAAGACAUGUUGAAUGACGACACGGAGGGUGAGAGGGUGUCUACUCUGAGCUGCAGUCCAAAAAUAGGAGAGAACUCUGACGGACUAGCAGGCGAGAGUCAACAGUCUGGUGGAAUCCAGCCCGUCUACCAGCAGAAUGUUCUUCAUACAGGAAAGCGGUGGUUCAUAAUAUGCCCUGUGGAGGAGACCCCCUUUUCCAGCCAGGAGCCCACAUCUGAUGGUACACUGUCCCAUUCUCCUAGCAGUUCAGCCAACACGCAGCUGCCUUGCAGGCCUUCGACAUCACGAGCAGAAGAGGGUUCAUCCUCUACAAUGUCAGGUGGUAGUGGAGGCUUCAUCCAUGAUGUGUAUGGAUUCUGUAGCCCUCCAAUUAUGUCCAACACAGACCCUCUCCUGUUGGCCAGCCUGUCUCCUCCAGUGUCUGCACCCCCGGCUCUUCAGUCGGUACCAUCAAUGGAGCCCCUCAAUAGUGUACUUCAAGCACAACCAGCUAGAGCUCAAACCUUGCCGGUUUCAUCUCCACAAACCACCUUUCAAACGGAUAAACCACAAGGAUCCCCUGUGAGCGCCACAUCUCCCAUCCAUACCAGUUCAAACAUAGUGGACAUCACCUGUCCCGUGUCUGUGGCCGAGGAAAUACCUUGCUGUCCUCUGGUCAUGCCACUGUCACUUGAUGUGAGCAGCUCACCGGGUGGCUCCCCUCUAACCCCUCUCCCACCACAGGAGCCAGGAUCGGCUAAAGAGUCACUGUCUCUCUCGUAUGCCGCCGCUGCACGUGGUGAGCGCCCCCAGCAACCUGUGGUCCUCCACCAGCCUUUCUCCAGUGUGGGAGGAGCAAAAGUGUCAUCGCUGCCCCAGAGCCCGGCACCAUCUCAGCACGGUGCAGGACAUGGAGAGUCAGAUGGUGAAUCCCGCCUGGGCCGCGGAGGCUUUGUGGACAGCACAAUUAAAACACUAGAUGAAAAACUAAGAAACCUGCUAUACCAGGAAUACGCUCCCAUGUAUCCAUCGGGAAGUACCGCAGAGACACCAGGUUCUGGUACCGAGUACGUCCAAUCUCCUCCUGGUCCAGACAGUGCCACUGGUGGGUCAGGAAACAGUACACCAGGUCCUAUGGAGGAGAGUCGCUACAGAGCAGGAGAACAACUGCCUCAAAUUCCAGAGAGAAUGGAUAGUUUGAGCACUCUGAGUGACUCAGCUGUGUGUGCGUCCCAUUCCAAAAGGCAUGUUUCUCACUCCGUCUCCUGCUCUGGGACAAGAGGCCGAUUUAAGAUAAUCUCAGUUCCUCCUGAAGUGGCCAACAAACGAGACGUUAAACAGAGGAGUUGGAGUAGUGUUGCCUCGCCAGCACAUCCCGCAGGUUACGUUGUUCCUUCUGAAACGAUGACUCCUUCCACCACGAUUGGUCGCUUCUCUGUGGUCAGCACGGAGGAUGAUAUCACGCAAAGGACACGUUGCAGUCGCUACUCUGCUCCACCUGACUUUUAUCUGGACACGCCUCCUUCUGUGUCUAAUCAGAACUCCUUGCCUCCUACAGUCACCUCAGCGUCUGUACCUGUUGACAUCACGAUUCAUGCACGCUUCCUUUCUUCAGACUCGGGGGCUGAGAGCAGCCCCGCCAAACUGACCCCAGCAACCCCGAGUCGACAUACUCGCUCAGAGCGUAGAGGAAGUGACCUGAUGAAGAGGGCAGUGGCCUUCCUCAGACGUUCAGGGCGAAGCAGCAGCGUGCAGAGCUCCGACUCUCCAAGCAGGCACGGAGGUGUUCAUGGCUCAGCCUACGCAAGCAGUGACAAUGACUCUGAGAUGGAGGACUCUGACAUGAAAAGGGAACUGCAGACACUCCGAGAGAAGCAUUUGAGGGAGAUCUCUGAGCUGCAGGCCCAUCAGCGAGGAGAAGUGGAGCUUCUGUACCUCAGACUUGGCAAAGUCCCUCCCUCUGGCCUGACGUACUCACACGUAGCACCACCUGCAGCUCGCAGAAAAAGAUCUGGCAAGCACAGGCUGAAACCUGGAAAGCUCCUUAGCCCUCUGGUGCAACAAUUUCGACAUGUCACGAAUAAAACUGGUGACUCAAGCAGAUCAACUGUCCCAGGAGCAGGUGAGACAACUGUGAGUUUAAACGGAUCUCCAGCCAGGGCGUCGGUCACCACUCAGGGCAGGGAACCGUUUGGUCCCGGCCAUAUUCCCACCUCCACCUCGGAACCCGUGCAAACUCAACAGCCCUGCUCUCUCAAGGGCUCCUUGUCCUCUGAUAACAUUUACGCUGGACUAUUUGCCGGAGAUGGCACGAGCACACAAGCUCCUCCAACUCUAGGCUGGGCUAAUUACCCUCAACCAUCCGAGAGAGUGACUUAUAAAUCCAGUAGCAAGCCCAGAGCUAGAUUUCUCAGUGGGCCUGUGCCUUUGUCUAUCUGGUCAACACUGAAGCGAUUGUGUCUUGGCAAAGAGCGAGGCAACAGAGCCGGUGCUGGGUUAGGGGUUGUUAAUCCAUCGCACCAACCUCACACCGUUGCCACACCACCUCCUCAACAGCCAGUGAUGGGACUGGCCCAAGCUCAAGCCAAUAACAGCAAUAACAAGACAGGCACCUACGCCUGUUCUUCCAUCAGUGCCAGUGAAAUCAACCUGCCUGAAGAUCUCCAAAGACUAAUGGAUGACUGGACGCAGGAAGUUCUUAUUGUCACUCAGAGGCCGCGUACAAACUCCCUGCACAUCGGGAGGCAGCGGCAUCUGGGUCAGAUGGUCACCCCCGGUCAGGUUGCAAGUACUUCCGAGGUGUCAUCGUGGAUGACCCCGCGUUUCGAAACCGGCCACCUUCCUACAUCACGGCCUGACAGCACCGGCAUGGCGAUAAUCAACAAGUCCUCCACAGAACCCGGCACCAUUUGUCACCUUUUCUCUUCCUCCCCUCUUUCUCUUCACGAAUCGCUUAAGGUGCCUCUUGCCUAUCCUUCCAAAAUGUUUGCCUUUCCUGGUACUCCCUUAACGCAGGAUGCUUCCGUCCCAAGUGCAUCAUAUCAAGCGCCGGACCCCAAAGCAAGAACUCUUUAA